GUUUUAUGUGAUUUUAUUAAAUAGCAUCUGUUAAAAAAUGUCUGUUAUAUACGACUUCACGGGUAAAGUAGUGUUGAUUACGGGCUCGAGUUCGGGCAUCGGUGCGGCCACUGCUGUCCAGUUCGCCCAAUCGGGUGCCAGUGUUGUGGUCACCGGUCGUAGAGCUGAUAAAGUGGCAGAAGUGGGCGAACAGUGUCUGAAAGUAUCGCCAAAAGGAAUUAAAGCGCUGGAAGUGACGGCAGAUGUGACCAAACGUGAAGACAUGCGACGACUCGUCGAGCAAACUAUCAAACAUUUCGGUAAACUUGAUAUUCUUGUCAAUAACGCCGGCGCAGGGAUUCCAACCAAACCGACUGAUAAGGAUUUCUACGAAAAAUACGAGAAAGUGAUGGCAAUUACUCUCAAUUCUGUCGUAUAUUUAACGUAUAUAUGUGUCGAGUAUUUGGAGAAAACUAACGGAAAUAUCAUUAAUAUCUCGAGUAAUAGCGGAAUGAGAGUCUGUGCGGUGGAUAUGUUCACUAAAUGUAUGGCAGCCGAGUUGGGCACUAAGCGCAUCCGGGUUAAUGUAAUUAACCCGGGGCCGACGCGCACCGGUUGUAUUACAGCAAUGGGCGCAACACAGGGCGAGUCCGAUAAGUUCUUUGAAGCCUACGCUAAAGUAUUACCGGUUGGCCGAUACGGCUUGCCUGAAGAUAUUGCUGAUAGUAUACUAUACCUGGCCAGUGACCAUGCUGCUUUUGUCACCGGCACCAGCUUUCCGCUACGUUUUCCGGAAUCGUUGGAGACACUAGUGGUGGUCGAGUACGAGGACCGGGACGGGUGGCGCCGAUACUGGACACCAUUUCUCGACCAAUACUACCUAUUCGUACAGCCAAUACUCAAACGGGUGCGGAGUUACGGCACCGUACGUCUGGCCUCCGCCGACCCCUUCCAGCCGCCCCUAAUUGACCCCCGCUUUUUGGCCGACCCCCGCGAUUACCCGCGAGAUUUCUACGACAUUACCCGCUAUGUACUUGAGUUUGUCGGAAAGUCAUCGUUUGUGCCCCUGUUUGUGACAGUUAUUUAUUUGAUUUAA